UGUCGCCAGAAUUUGUUUUAGUAGCUAUUGCCACGUGUUGAAACCAUCUGUUCAGGUAACAAUAUGUUACUCGAAAACGAAUCGUUUUUAAGUGAACUGACUAAAUUAUUUCAAUCUGGAAGAACUUCAGGAUCAGUAUGUAUUACCAUGAAAAGAUAUGACGGAAGAACAAAACCUCGUCCUCGUGCUUCCAAAUUAACGCAACCUCUCCCACCUCCCAGUGAAUUUAAAUGUUUAUUUAGAGCAACAUUGGGAAAUAAAAAAAUCAGCACUGUGGUAAAUGCAAGAGACAUCAAUAAAUUCCAAAUGGCAUAUAGUAAUGUCUUGAAAGGAAAUAUGGACAAUUUGAAGAAAAAAGGGAAAAAGUCUGGAAUUAAAGCAACUUGUUGAUUGGAUUCCUUAAAAAAGCAAAAAUAUUAAUUAUUAUUAUUAUUAUUUGUUUUAAUUAAAAACAAAAUACAGUAUCACAGCAAAUUUACAGAGAUAAUUCAAGUAUUAUAUGCAUUUAAGUAAUAUACAUUUGUUAUUCAAUUAUGUAUAUAUAGUUUUAUUAAGAGGCACAAUAAGCUGCAGUAAAAUUUGAUCAGUUUUCAUUUUAUUAAUUUACAGAGUAAUGAAAAAUGAAUUAAUAAUGACAUUUGUUUAAUUGAAAUAAAAAGAACAAAACUGUAAUGUAACUAGUGACAAAAGUGGACACUACAACUAGGAAAAUCAUCAAUAAUUGCAUUAUACGUACUGAUCAAAUUUUACUGUGGCAUAUUGUAUGUGGAAAAAGAUUUAUUUUUCCACUUUUACAAAAUUCUGUCAUUAUAAGAAAUGUAUUAAUGACAUUUCUAUUAAUAUGAAGCAAGUAAUAAAUUUGCUUCAUAUUAAUUUUAUUGUUAAUUUAAAUGAGAAAAAAUUCAUCAUACAUCGUAUUAAACAUUAAAAAAGUAAUUUUAAAUAUAUAAAAAUGAAAAUAAAUAUUUAAUAAUUUGAUAAGGAAAAACAAAGAAGUAUGAAAUCUAAGCUUGACAGCCCAAACUUAUUAACAUUUUAUAAUUUUAGGUAAAAAAGUAAUUUAGUUUUAAGAAACAUGAUUUUUUUUCAUUUAAUUUUCUCUUUUAUUCUCUAAACACACACAUUUUCAAAUAUUAAAAUAUCUCUUUUAAUCAACUCAGAGCUGCAGAAAUAGAUUUUGUGUGUGCAUUGCACAAACUUUCCAAAAUGUCAAAAUUCAUAAUGAAAAUUUUCAUACUUUUUAAGUCAUCACUUUAAAGUUUAUUAUUUUUCUAAUUAUUUAAUGUUUUUUUAAUCAAUAAUCAAACUGAUAAAAGUAUUAUGUAAAUUAGGCAAAUUACAGAGACAAAAUCUAGACCAUCCUCAUGUUACUCAAUCAACAUGAGGCUGAUCCAGUGAAAUGAACCAGUGUGAUUGACCAAUAGGGAACAAUGUUAUAAUCUUUACUACUAGUGAUUGGAUCAUAUCUUGGAAUUUGAAUUUCAAUUCAGAUUCCAAGAUAUGAAGGUCAUUCUUAAAGUAAAGAACGUUUGUUUCUCUUGAUAUUUUUAUUUAAGAUAAUGAAAAAAAAAACUUAUUUUACAACACAUAAGAUACCUUAGCUAUUUUUCUACGUAGUCGCCAUACAAAUUUAAACAUUUAUAGUAGCGUAUCACCAACUUUUCUAUGCCUUCUGCACACUCAGUUACUGCCAAGUUCUUGAACCAGUCAUUAACGGCCUCUUUCGGUUCGUUGUCAAUUCCAUAGUGAUUCCCAGCCAAAAAAUCCUUUAAUUUUGGGAAAAGAUGGUAAUCACUCGGAGCCAAGCCUGGGCUAUAAGGAGGACGUUUAAAAAAUUCCCACUUAAACUGCUGAAGCAAGUUCUUCGUCAACGCAGCAGCAUGCGGGCGUGCAUUAUGCCGAAGAAGCACGAUGCCUCUGGACGACAAUCCCCGCCGUAUGUUUCAAACUGAAGUUUUGUUCAUCACAUUACCAUAAACCUUGGUUAUCUGUCUGUAAAUUUCAACAGGGCAGACUUUUUUUGCAUUCAAAAGCGUAUUACACUACGAACCUCACUUGGCAGGAUCUUUAAUUUUGUCACACAUUUCAAAGUCACACUAUAAACAGUAAACGAUCAUUGUGAUUUGCUGUUAGUAUCAGACUGGCGCAAAAAAUGGCAGGGGGUGGUGGGAGAACUGCACGGCUCGACAUACCAGAACAUUCUUUUCUUUUAGAAUGACUCUCGAGUAGGUUGAUAUCCUACUGCAUGGCCUUGUAGCCAAAUGUAAUGUGCAAUUUUUGACACAAAUUUAAUUCUAAAUGAACAUCAACAAAAUGCCAAAAAAUAUUUGUGCAGCCAAACCAGUCUUAAAUCUAAACCUUGUUCCUGUAAAAUUUGUCCUGGGGCUUCAUCAAUUCCUGUGAUUUAACUUUGAUACUGUGAUUUCAUUUAACAUUCCAUUAUAUUAUCAACAUUUCUUUUUAUACAUUAUUUAAUACAUUUUGAAAUGAACACAGUAGAAACAUUUAUGCAACAGUUAAUCUGAUAGAUGAAAAAUAAAAUAUAGUACACACAGAAAUGAUUAAUAAUAAAAAGUGUUUCCAUAAAACUUUAUCAUCCCUUUAACUAAUUUUGGAAUCUUUUUCACAUUUAAAUAGAAUGAUUUAAAGGAAUUACAGUCUUGUUACAAAAAGCAAGAUAUGAAAAAUGAAUAAGAGCUUCUAAAUAUCAAAUAUUUUUAUAUAAUAUAUACCAGUAUGUGUAAAAAUUCAGAUAUUUUUUAUAUUCAUGCUAUAUUUAAUUAUUACAAAAUUAGAAACUGACUGGGGAUUUGCUGUAUCAUAUAUUUGAUACAUCAAAUCAGAUAUGAAUCAUAUGUAUUAAUUCUUACUUUUUUUAAGAAAGAUGAUGAAAAUAAUGACAUUUUUAAUAUAAUGACUAUUGAAUAAAAAGCCAAACUUGUAUUUGCUACAUUCAAUGAUGUAUUUGGGUAUCAUCUUAUGGAGGGCAUCAGGAAUACAUUUGUGCAUAAAAUUACUUUUGUAGAUGAAUCUAAUAAAUAAACACUCUUUAUAUGUGUAUAAAUCUCACCUUUAUUUUAAACAUUAGAAAAUCACAUAAUUAAUCAUUACAUAAAGGAAACUCGUGAUAAAUACUUAUUUUAAACGUUUAAUUGAGUGAUACCGGUACAUACCCUUCUGAGUAUACCCAUGGUUACAUUAAUUUUGCUCUUGAAUGUUAAUGGAAAAAUUCAAAAAGUUUGUUGUAUAAUAUUCCAAUAGAAUUAUAUUUAUUUAAGAAAAUGUUAAUAAUUUCAUCAUAUAUGUAGUUAUAUAAAUAUUUUUUAACAAAAUAAUUACUUUAAAAAUGAUUAUCUUUGUUAUUAUUAUAAGUAGAAAUAUUCCUUCUUAUUUGUAAAAGCUCACAUUGGACAAGAUUAAAAAAAGAAUCUUCCGAUUUUUAUGUCAGCUUCUUAUGAACAAAAAAUGACAUCAGAUGUUAACAAAACAGAAUAUAUACUUGAUGAACAACUCACUCUAUACAAUUUGAUUAAAUUAGAAAUAUAUUUUUACAGUUAAUGCUGAUUAUUUAUAUAGGAGUCAUUAUAUCUAUAACUUUUUUAUAUUUAAAAAAUAGUCAAAUAAAAAUUAAAUCUCAAUUUUAGAAAAAAAAUGUUUUCCUAAGGCUGCAUACACACUAGGCAUUUUUAAAUGCGCAUUUUAAAGAACCAAGAGUUCUGCAUAUGCGUACACACUCAAACUCGCACUUUUGGCCAAGCGCGCGUUAAACACGUGUUUAUAGAUUUUUCUUAAAACACGCAUUUUGCGGGCAUCAUCCGAGCGCUUUGAGAUAUAUGUGCUGCCAUGUUACUGUACAUUCGAUAGCGCGUUUUCGGGUAGAGUGGAUGUACGUUGGCCGAAAUGGAGAACGAUCAUUUCGAUACUGAUCUAUUUAUUGAUGAAAUCUAAAAGAGACCAACCAUCGUCAAAGGAUUUUAUAUAGAUAUUUUAAAAGAAUUAA